GUUCAUAGACAGAGAGAGCAUUGUCUGUGAGGAGCGCGUACAGAGUAAUUAGGCAUUUUUAGGAGAGGAUUUUCAGGAGAGGGCUUGUUGGUAGCAUUUUAGAGAGAGAAAUAGGGAGCAAGAGGAGGGGUUGUGCAUUUUAGAGAGUGCGAGAGCGAGAGAGGGGUAAAGGAUCACCAUGUCCACGGAUUUGCAGAAGAUGAAGGUGAAGGACCUCAGAGAAGAGCUAGCAAAGAGGGGUUUGGACACAGCAGGCCUCAAGGCCAUUCUCAUAGAGCGCCUUGAAUCCUCUGUUUCCCCUUCUUCUUCCUCUGCGACUGCUUUAGCUUCUGCUUCUGCUUCAACUCCACCCCCUCCUUCGCAGCAAGAAUCCUCAUCAACUGCUCAACAGGAACGACCACAAAAUCAAGUUCAGGCUAAAGGUGAAGGAGGUAGUGAAGAGAAUGGAGAAGAUAGAGAGACGAAGCCUUUGGUUGUUGCAGGGAACCCCUCUGUAUCCACUGGCCCCAUUUCUGAAAUAGAGAAAAAAUAUAAAAGGGCUGAGAGAUUUGGGAUGCCUGUGCAACUUUCUGAGCAGGAGAAGAGGAAAUCUCGAGCCGAGAGGUUUGGCAGUCAGUCAGCCACACAGGGUCCAGAUGCAGUGGGAAAAUCAGAAGAGGAGAAAAGGAAGGCCAGGGCUGAGAGUGAUGAUGGGGGUGGCAGUGUAAUGGUAAUGGUAGUGGCGGAGGCAGCUUGGCGGUGGAGUGGAUGGUAUUGCCUGUGUGCCAGCAAAGAGUAG